GCUGUAAAACACAACCUGUGUGUGCUCCUCCCAGCCCUUUCACUCCAGUUUAGUCACCUGCCGAUGGAGGAUUCAGUUUACACGUCCCAUCAAUCCGGAACCUGUAUUAGUCAUCGAUUCACAUUCAAAUGAAAUGUCCAAGGACGGGCGCUCCUCGUGCCCCAGUAUAGGGGCGCUCUGUGAGAGACUUUUCAGGUCGUCUAAGACCGAAGUUGAACAACCAGCGAAUACCGAAAAACUCCAGGCACAAAAUGCCCCGAAUCCGCCCUCUGUAUCCGCGUCUGAGCCCAACGGUGAGAUCUACAUGGCGCUGUGGCCCUUCCAGGCUCGGGCGGACGAGGAACUUUCCUUCCAGGAGGGAGAACAGUUCCAAAUCUGCGAGCGUCAGGGUGACUGGUGUACUGCCCUGAAACUGGACAGAAACGGAAGGGUGACGGCCAGGGGAUUCGUUCCUCAGAACUACCUAGCGAGAAGGAAGACCGUAAAAGAGCAACCUUGGUAUUUUGGGACGCUGAACCGCUUUGAGACCCAGAAUUUGCUUUUGGCUCCAGAGAACGGAGUAGGUGCUUUCCUCGUGCGACACAGUGAAAAAGAUCACAUAGGGUGUGUAUUAUCAGUGGUAAUCAGUGACAGGGAAGUACAACAUGUUAAGAUCCAUCAGAACCAGAAUGAAAGUUUCUAUUUGUAUCAGAGUGAGAAGUUUCACAGCCUGGAGAUGCUAGUGGAGCACUACAAGAGGAACAUCCUGAACUGUGGUAUCUGUCUCACACGGCCCUGUGCACGGCCAGAACCAAAAACACAAGAUCUUUCCCACCAAACGGUAGAUGACUGGGAGUUACCAAAGGAAGAGUUUACUCUCGAAGAGGAGCUCGGUAAAGGAUUCUUUGCUGACGUUUACCGUGGAAAAUGGAAAGGGAUGGUCAGUGUGGCCAUCAAAAUCCUCAAAAACAACGAGUCUCUCAAUCACAGGGAGUUCCUGAUGGAGACUCAAAUAUUGAAAAAGCUCAGACAUAGACACCUCAUCUCGCUCUUUGCCGUCUGCACAAGCUCCCCACCCUUCUACAUCAUCACCGAGCUUAUGGAAAAAGGCAACCUGCUCAAUUUACUCCGAGGUGAGGAGGGGCAGAACCUGGAACCGCAGGAACUGAUAGAAAUGGCGAGUCAGGUGGCUGAUGGGAUGGCGUACCUUGAGGAGCAGAAGAGCAUCCACAGAGACCUAGCUGCCCGUAAUGUUCUAGUGGGACCUAACUACAUCUGUAAAGUGGCCGACUUCGGCCUAGCUCGAAUCAUCAAGGACCCAUUUUACUCAUCUGAAGAUAAAACAAUACCCUAUAAGUGGUGUGCUCCUGAAGCCAUCAGCCAUGGACGGUUCUCCAACAAGUCUGAUGUUUGGUCAUUUGGAGUCCUUCUAUAUGAAAUCUUCUCAUAUGGUGGAGUCCCAUAUCCAGCUCUCUCAAAUCAGGAGGUGUACCGUAUGAUCACCUCAGGGUACAGAAUGCCUUCGCCCCCUAAGUGUCCAUCGCACAUCUAUGACAUAAUGCUGAUGUGUUGGAAAGACUCCGCUGAUGAAAGGCCAUAUUUCAAUGAACUUAAAAGGCUCCUGGAGAACUCUUGUACUCGAUACAUGGAGUUGAGCUGCAGUGACACAUCAGAUCCAGCAGAAGGCAUCAGUUAACAGUGCCAUGAAAAGACAAAUGAGUGGGACAAUAGUUGUUCUUGCAUCUAAACACCUUUUCACUCAUUUUCACCCCUUUUUACAGUAUUCACGCACUUUCACAUUUUUGUGUGCUUAUUUUCUAAUUUCAUGCGGAAUUAUUCACAUUUAAUGUAAUCUACCCUUUCCUCAAAUCUACCUAAAUAACAAUAGUUGAUACUAAAGAUUACUUUUCUACUUCCAUUUUUCCCAUCCCGAUUUGAAGACAGAUAAGUGUCCAAAUGGAUCACAUGGACUUAUAAAUAAAAUAGAGUUGAGGUCAAAAGUUUACAUACACCUUGCAGAAUCUACAAAAUAUUAAUUAUUUUACCAAAGUAAGAGGGGUCAUAAAAAAUGCAUGUUAUUUUUUAUUUAGUGCUGACCUGAAUAAGAUAUUUCACAUAAAAGACAUUUACAUAUAGUCCACAAAAGAAAAUAAUAGGUGAAUUUAUAAAAAUGACUCAGAAAUUAAAAAAAUGAUCCACAGUUGUUGCUUCUUAAGUGAUAGUUCAGUACAUGAGUCCCUUGUUUGUCCUGAACAGUUAAACUGCCUGCUGUUCUUCAGAAAAAUCCUUCAGGUCCCACAAAUUCUUCGUUUUUUUUUUUA